AAUCACAUGCACACCUCUCUCUCUCUCUCUCUCUCUCUCUCUCUCUUAUAUUAAUGGGUAUUUAUGCGACAUAACUCUGUUUCUGGAGUCUCAGGGCGGGAUGGGUCUCAUGUGCACGUAACCUCACAAACUUUUGGAGGCUUCUAUGUUCCGACAUUCAAUGUCAACGAAACCAACCAAAAACCUUUAUCAAAAUCACACCCUCUCCUUCUCCUCCUCUUUCUCUCUCUACGCUUCCCAAUCCGAUAAAAUCCUAUUUUUAGAACAAAGACUCUGACUCUUUCGACGUAGGGUGGGUUUUUCGUUCUGUCUUAUCCUCAGCGUUUCAGGAGGUUUUCCCAUUACAGAUCUAGCCAUUGCACAUUGAGCUUAUGGGCGUCGUAACUGUUAUUGCUUAGUUUUGUGUUCUUUUUACUGUAUCGCAUAAGAUGGAGGUUGAGUAUCAGGAGGAGUAUAUAGCGAAUUCCAGGGGAGUGCAGCUCUUUACGUGCAAAUGGUUGCCCCUUCUUUCUCCAAAGGCCCUUGUUUUCCUUUGCCAUGGGUAUGGAAUGGAAUGCAGCGAUUUCAUGAGAGGAUGUGGGACCAGGUUGGCUAGCUACGGGUACGCUGUGAUCGGCAUAGAUUAUGAAGGGCACGGGCGAUCCAAGGGUUCACGUUGUUACAUUCAGAAGUUUGACAAUAUCAUCAAUGACUGCAGCAACUUCUUUAAAUCGGUCUGUGGGAAGGAAGAGUACAGGGAUAAGAAAAGGUUCAUGUAUGGAGAGUCAAUGGGCGGAGCAGUGGCUCUACUAAUACACAAAAAGGACCCUGCUUUUUGGCACGGUGCUGUUCUCGUUGCACCCAUGUGUAAGAUAUCAGAGAAGGUGAAACCACACCCGGUGGUUGUGAAUAUACUCACCAAGAUAGAAGAGGUCAUACCUAAAUGGAAGAUAGUCCCCACAAAGGACGUGAUUGAUGCAGCCUUCAAGGACCCUGUUAAGCGAGAAGAGAUUCGUAACAACAGGUUGAUAUACCAAGACAAGCCGAGGCUGAAAACAGCACUGGAAAUGCUCAGAACUAGCAUGAACCUUGAGGACAGUUUAGGCGAGGUGACGCUACCAUUCUUCGUGUUGCAUGGAGAGGCAGAUAUAGUAACAGAUCCAGAAGUGAGCAAGGCACUGUAUGAAAGAGCGGGCAGCGAGGACAAGACCAUAAAACUGUACCCAGGAAUGUGGCACGGCUUGACCUCAGGUGAGCCAGAUGACAACAUUGAGAUCGUCUUCUCCGAUAUUAUUACUUGGCUUGACAAGCGAUGUGGCGCCGCUGACAGAGUGAUUUCUGCUCAACCAAUUCGCCUUCCUGGCCCUGCCAUUCGAAACUUUGUGCCAUUGUCAUCUUCUGAGUCAAGGGAAAAGCGACAGAAGCACAAGCGAAGCAACUAUUUCUGUGGGUGGAAGGGGCGCCGGAUGCACCACCAUUCUUCCAUGUAGCUUGUGUGUGUGGAGAUGGUUUGUCUUCUGAUUGUGGAGUAAAUAAUGAGCGGGAAGGGAAAUGAAAAGAAGUUACUCGUUUGGUGUUUUGAAUUAAUCAAGUGUGAGGCCCAUGGCUGUUCCCUGUAUGAGAUAUGAGCAGCACCUAUAUUUAGGCUCUGUUUGGCUUGUUUAAAAA